AUGAAUAUCGCACAGCCCGUGGGAUCGUCGCUGGAAAGCGUCGAGUUCACUUUUCUUUCGCCCGAUGAAAUCCGCGCCAUCUCCGUCAAGCGCAUUGAAAAUGACAGCACCUUCGACAGCCUGCUGAACCCCGUGCCGGGGGGUCUCUACGAUCCGGCGCUCGGAUCGUGGGGCGAUGCUCUAUGCCGCACAUGCAACCUCAACCAGGCCCAAUGUCCUGGCCAUCCGGGCCAUAUCGAGCUUCCCGUGCCCGUUUAUCAUCCAGUCUUCAUGGACCAGGCCUAUCGUCUCCUUCGAGCCCAGUGCGUCUACUGCCAUCGCUUCCGACUCCCCCGCCACGAGAUCCACAGGUACAUCUGCAUGUUCCGUUUGCUGCAGGUUGGCCUGGUUCAUGAGGCCCAAAUGAUCGAUUCGUUUUCAGUGAGCGACCUUGGUGAGCAGGUCAGAAAACUGCAAUUGAACGAUGUGCCGGAUAUUGAGGAUGACGAAGCCCAAGAAGAGGGCAACAACAUCCACGACAGCACUAUGCGCACCCGGGAGGCCUAUGUGCGCCAGGUGUUGCAGAACUACAGGAAGAGGGUCAGCAUCGGCGACAUUCGCAAAGGGAAGCAUGAGGGUGCGGCUGAAAUGAGGCGCACCCUGGUCAAGGAGUUCCUCGCCCAGAUGGUUAAGGAGAAAAGGUGCAGGUCUUGCGAUGGCAUCUCUCCUGUUUACCGGAAGGACCGCUGGGUCAAGAUCUAUGAGCGCGAUUUGACCGAAAAGGAGAAGGCCGCCAUGGCUCAAGCUGGAAGGAAGCGGACCGACGCUCUCGCCUUGGCCCGGAAGGCUAAGAAGCACGAGGACGGCAUGAAUGACGAGGGGAUUGCCGACAUGGAAUUGACCGAUGACUCCUCCGAGGAACACGACAGCGAAGGCGAGGGUGAAGAACUGGACGAGAACGGUGAUGUUGUAAUGACGGAUGCCGCCACCAAGACAAAGCAAAAGACCGUCAAGGCCCCGAAACCCAACCAGCGCUACCUCAGCACCAUGGAGGUCAGGGAGCGGCUCAACCUACUCUUUGAACGGGAGCAAGAGUUGCUUUCCCUCCUCUACAGCGCGAAGCCUCGUCCCAAGAAUUCCCCUCCGCUUACCGCAGACAUGUUCUUUAUUACGACCCUCCUCGUCCCUCCGAACCGCUACCGCCCCGAGGCUCGUAUGGGCGACAACCAAAUCUCCGAAGCUCAGCAAAAUAACCUCUACAAAAUGAUUAUUCGAGCAGCGUCGCGGGUAGCACAGAUCUCGCGCGAGAUUGCUGGCAACAAGGAUGCCGCAAAUGAAGGCCGUGCCAUCAGGGACAUGAGCCAUCUGUACCAAGCAUGGACAGAGCUUCAAGAUGCGGUUAACUCCCUGAUUGACCGUGACAAGAACCCGAUCCAAGGCGCAGCCGCAAAGCGGAAUGAGGAAGGCAUCAAGCAAAAACUUGAGAAGAAGGAGGGUCUCUUCCGGAAGAACAUGAUGGGCAAGCGAGUCAACUUCGCUGCUCGUAGUGUCAUUUCCCCCGAUCCCAACAUUGAGACCAACGAGAUCGGUGUCCCCCCUGUUUUUGCUCGAAAGCUCACCUACCCCGAGCCCGUGACGAGCCACAACUUCAAAGAUCUCCAGCAAGCGGUUAUCAAUGGCUGCGAUAAGUGGCCCGGCGCGUCGGCCAUAGAAAACGAGAAUGGCCAGAUUAUCAACUUGCGGUCGAAGUCGCUAGAGGACCGUAUCGCGUUGGCCAACCAGCUUCUGGCCCCGACCGGGAAUAACUUCAGUGGUGUGCGCAACAAAAAGGUUCACAGGCACCUUACCAACGGUGAUGUCGUCUUGAUGAACCGCCAGCCAACCCUCCACAAGCCCUCUAUCAUGGGGCAUCGUGUCAGGGUCCUGCCCGGAGAGAAGACCAUCCGCAUGCACUACGCCAACUGCAAUACCUACAAUGCCGACUUCGACGGUGACGAGAUGAACAUGCAUUUCCCUCAAAACGAGAUUGCCCGUGCCGAAGCCCUCCAGCUGGCCGACACAGAUCACCAGUAUAUUUCCGGCACGGCCGGAAACCCGCUUCGUGGUCUCAUCCAGGAUCACUUGUCUGUUUCCGUGAUGUUGUGCAGCAAAGACACCUUCUUCGACCGGAGAACAUACCAGCAGCUCAUCUACGCCGCUCUUCGGCCAGAGAGUGGCCACAUUACCGGAGAGAGGAUUGAGCUUGUUCCUCCUGCGAUCUUCAAACCGGUGCCGCGCUGGACUGGCAAGCAGGUGAUCACCACUAUUCUAAAGAAUAUCCGGCCUCCAGACUGCGGCGACUUGUGGAUGAACAGCAGUGCCAAAAUCAAGAGCCGCAGCUGGGGCCCUGACUCGAUGGAGGGGACUGUUAUGUUCCGCGAUGGCGAGUUUAUCUCUGGUAUCCUCGAUAAGUCACAGUUAGGUCCGAGCGAUGGCGGCUUCAUCCACGCUGUCCACGAAGUCUACGGACCAUCUGUUGCCGGAAAGCUUCUCAGUGGUAUGGGCCGGCUGCUGAACCGGUACCUGGCCAUGGUCGCUUUCACUUGCGGCAUGGACGAUCUUCGCAUGACACCAGAGGGCGAGAAGAACCGCAAGGAGAUCAUCAAGGCAGCGGCUAACAUUGGUCUGGAGGUAGCUGCUAAGUAUGUCUCGCUUGAGGAUCAAAAGCCUACCAAGGAUGACCCACUACUCUUGGAGCGCCUGGAGGAGGUUCUCAGGGACGAUAAGAAGCAAGAGGGUCUUGAAUUGCUUACCAACCAGGCCUGCGCGAAGCUUUCUACUGCCAUUACAGAGAAAUGCUUGCCCGCUGGCCUUGAGAAGCAGUUCCCCCAGAACCACAUGCAAAGCAUGACAAUUUCCGGUGCCAAGGGCAGUCCCGUCAACGCCAACCUUAUCUCUUGCAACCUGGGUCAGCAAGUCUUAGAAGGUCGUCGCGUACCUGUCAUGGUCAGCGGUAAGACUUUGCCCAGCUUCAAGCCCUUCGACACCGACGUGAGGGCGGGUGGUUACAUCGUCAACCGUUUCUUGACGGGCAUCCGCCCGCAGGAGUACUACUUCCAUCACAUGGCCGGUCGAGAAGGACUGAUCGAUACGGCCGUCAAAACAUCUCGCUCAGGCUACCUGCAGAGGUGUCUUAUCAAGGGCAUGGAAGGCCUCAGGGUUGCGUACGACUCAACGGUGCGUGAUUCGGAUGGCUCGGUGGUGCAGUUCCUGUUUGGCGAGGACGGCAUCGACAUCUCGAAGCAAAAGUAUUUGAAUGACUUCGAAUUCGUCCUGCGCAACCUUGACUCCCAGCUUCCGCAGAUCCGGUACCAUGAGCCCGGCGUACAGGCGCUGUUCGAGCACAAGGAUGAGGUCAUCAAACGAAUGAAGAGUGCCAUCCGGUCGGCCAACAGCCGUGAUCCGCUGAACCCGGUGCAGAACGAGCUCGACCCCAGCACGUUCGGCUUCGCGACAUCAGAGAAGUUCUUCGCCAAGAUGAUGGAGUACGUCAAGAACAACAAGGACGGCUUGAUCAAGGAGAAGGGCUCGAAGGAGAGCAAGAAGGGGACCAUUUCGCGGAAGACGGCUGAAAAGAUCCUAGCGGCCAAGUACAUCCGUUCAUUGGUAGAGCCCGGUGAGGCGGUUGGUAUCGUUGCCGGUCAGUCUAUCGGCGAGCCGUCCACACAGAUGACACUGAACACGUUCCACCUGGCUGGUCACUCGGCCAAGAACGUCACUCUCGGUAUCCCUCGUCUUCGCGAAAUUCUCAUGACUGCCAGCGCCAGGAUCUCGACGCCAGCCAUGACUCUUGUGGUCAACGAGGAGCUCUCCGUGGAGGAUGCGGAAAAGUUCGCCAAGUCGAUCAGUGCCCUGGCGUUGAUGCACGUUACGAACGAAGCCGUCGUGAGGGAAGAGGUCGGCCGCGGUCUAGGACUGCCGGUUGCCAAGAAGUUCCAUAUCCGGUUGCGGUUCUUCGAGGCUGAGGAGUACACGAAGAUGUACGCGAUCACCAUCCACGACGUGCUCAACACCGUGGAGCGGAAGUUUAUCCCGCUGCUGUGCAGCCUGACUAAGAAGGAAAUCAAGAAGAAGCUCAAGGAGCACAGCGCUGCGACACCCGAGAUCGGUGUCAAGGUCGGCACCGUGGAGAUGGCGCCCACCGGGGCUGAGCGUGAGAGCGGUGGCGACGAGGAUGAUGACGACGACGAUGUCGAUGACGAUGCCACGGGCGCCGCUCUCAAGGCCAAGCGCUCCGAGGCUGUUUCGUACGGUCCGAAUGAUGAUGACGACGAUGCCAUUCAGCAGCAAUUACAACGCGAGACAGAAGAUGCUGAGGAGGGCGAAGAGCAGCUCGAGUUCGACGAUGAAGCGUACGGUGGUAGCCCCGAACCUGAGGAUGGUCUGGGUGACCAGAUGGACACCAUCCGGUCCAAGACGCGCGAGGACCGCAUUAAAAAUAAGAAUGAGCACGUUGCCCGGUUCCGGUGCGACGAGAAGGGUGGCGAGUGGGUUGAGUUCUGGCUCGAGUACGAGCCCACGAUCCCCAAGAUCCUCAUGCUCAGUCUGGUCCAGGAGGCGGUCAAGAAGUCUACCAUCCAGCAGAUCCCAGGCAUUGGCAGUGCCACGUUCGAGCCUAAGUACAAAAAGGAUCCUGUCACCGGCGAGCAGGUCGUCGUCGAGAAGCUGGUGCACACAUCGGGCUCCAACAUCCGCGCCAUGCAGCAGUAUGGCGACUACAUCAACCCGAACCGGAUCCAAACCAACGACAUCGCGCAGGUACUGGAGGUCUAUGGCGUCGAGGCUUGCCGCAAUAACAUCGUGCGCGAACUCAGCAGUGUUUUUGCCGGCCACGGUAUCGCUGUCGAUCAACGCCAUCUGAACCUCAUUGCCGACUUCAUGACCAGGAACGGCGGCUUUACGCCCUUCAACCGUAUCGGCCUGACUCACAACGUGAGCCCAUUCACCAAGAUGAGCUACGAAACCACGGUCGGCUUCCUCAAGGAUGCAGUCCUCGAUGGUGAUUGGGACACUCUUGCCACACCAUCCAGCAGAUUGGUGGUUGGCAAGCUCGGCACCAUGGGUACGGGCUCGUUCGACGUCCUAACACGGGUGCCGACCGAGCAUCGGGUCACUGCGUUUUAA